AUGACUUGGGCAGAAUUUCAACAUGCUUUUAAUGACAAGUACUACAAUGCUACAGUAUGGGAGUCACGGUUGCAUGAGUUUGCAACCUUAACUCAAGGGAAUUUGAUGGUGAUAAAGUAUGCACUAAAGUUUGACAGGCUUGCCAAGUUCGCAACAUAUUUAGUGCCAAUCAAUGCAACUAGAGUAGAUUGUUUUGUUCGAUGCUUAAAGCCUAUGAUAGCCAGAGAUGUCGAGAUUGUAUCAGUAGAGGGAAAUGGUAUAUUUUCUCAGGUUCUGGAAAGGGCCCUCACUAUUGAGAAAAAGGAAAAUAGAAUAUGGAAGGAAGGUGCUGCUAAAAGAGAGGCAAGAAAGAAUGCCUCCCAAGGUCAUAACUCUAAUGAUCAUAAAAGGAAGGGAAGUGACCAGGCAGGGCAGUCAAGCCAGGAUAAGAGGGACAAUGAUAAUAAGGGAAACAAUCUUAAUGGUAGCAAGGAAUGGGUACUGUACCCAGAGUGUGAUAAAUGUAAGAAGCCCCACCAAGGCUAA